CCUCUUUUUCACAAACACAACACUUUGAUUUUCCUCUCUCUUUAUCAGAAAUCAAACUCUACAACCCCAUUUACUUCAAUGAAAAUUGUUGAUCUCUGUGACAGUAGAACAUCAGAUUCACUGGCUGCUAUGACGGAUAGAAAAAGACAGGCGUCGCCAUCAUUGGACACGGAUUUGAAUUUGCCUGACCUUGACGCAGAACUGACCAGAAGAAUCGCUCAACAGAGGGAAAAACUCUCCAAACUGAAUUAUGUGCUACAGCAGUUGAGCGAGGAUAUAACCGACCAGACAUCGUGCACCGCAUCAACCGAUAAGCCGAUAGAAACCAUUUUGGAUCACUCACAAGUCCCUAGGUCGCAACCCAUGGACAUUCAAUAUCCCAUUGCCCACUGGAGACCCAGGGAGCAUAGGAAGGCUUUAGAGAUAUUGCCUUCUUAUACGGAUGCCACCAUAAGCUCUCCAGUUGCCAGCGAACCUCAGCAUCUCCAGGGAGCUGAUUUAGUUAACCAGGAUAGACCUAUAGGUACAAGCACAGAACAUUCGUCGACGACAGUGGCCCAUGAAGGUCCUGAAGAUUCAAUAGACCGAGAUAUUCAGCAGCUUGUGGGCUUCCUAUCGAGUAAGAAAUCAAAAGCGAAACCACAAGCGCAGAGAGUGAUUGAGGCUAGCCCCGCUGUGAUUCAGCAGUUUCGAGCGUUCAAUGACUUGUUCACAUAUGCUAAUGCAAGAACGGAAUUCGAUGGUCUGAAACGGCCACAGAUACAAAAUAACCUAAUGACUCUCCAAAUAUUGACAGAGGCCCUUUGCGAAGGGCACGUCUUUCAGUCCGACGCUACAAGCUUGAUUGCUUCCAGCCUUUCAUGCCUGAUUGAAAGCAUCACGGUAGAAGCGGAAGAAGGACCAACUGAACAUUGUCGCAGUACUUUAGUACUGGUGGAUGACCUUAACGAGACGUUACAAAAGUGGUACAGUUGGGACCCGGAAAAAGACCAGUUCUCAAGCCCUUUCGACGUGAAGGAUUUGAGCGAUGUACUUACGUUCUUUACUCUAGUCGUCUCCUCGGAUCUCAAAGCGAACUAUGUUAAACAGAAUGAAGUAGUGAAGGAAGAAAUUUGGGAGACAAUGGGAUUAAAGUCAAAAUACACGAUGAACUUUCACGAAAUAUUACUUGCAACAUUCAACCUGAGACGACUGGAACGUGGUCAUUCUCAGCCGCAACCUUCUCAGGAGGAACAUGACGAUAUAUUGUUGGAAGAUCGGCUUGAGCAAAGCUCAGUCCAACGAACGGAUAAAGGUACCACCUAUAGGCCGCAGGAUGACCCGGUGGACUUUCUUUGGAGUGAUCCUGAAGACGAUGAAAAUGAAGAUAACGAUCAGUACGAUGAAACAGAUGGGAGUGAAACGACAUCAGUUGACGGUAUCUUUGAUUCAGCCACUGAGAUAUCCGGUGCCGAUGUUACUGAAAACGACUGGAGUGAAAUCGAUAGAGAAUCUGACUAAACCAGUGAUGAUAGCUUGUAGAAGUGGUGUAGUAAAGUUAGAUAAUUAUGAGGGGUACUUCACUGGUG